GGGAUGGGUGGAGUGAAGCUGCAACUUGUUUGUUUGGUGCUGGAAUUAUGUGCCUUUGCUUUCUCUAAGGGAUCUGCAGGCGUCAGUUUAUCGCCCUCUCCGUCAGCAUCCUCUGCAGUUCCUCCUGUUGAAGAGGGAAUACCCUCUUUUGUCUCUCAUGGGAAUGCAUCCACAAGUAAUGCACCUGCUCCUGCAUUUGAGUUAAAUGUAACAUCUCCUCCUGCAAAUGUCUUUCCACCACUGAUGUCCCCCCCUGUCCCUCCACCGAGAGAAGUUCUUACACCGUCUCUGCAACCAAGUGCUCCCAUAAUAUUGCCACCACCUAGUUCAGCUCCACCCGCAAUCAAUUCAGCCCCACCACAAAUUGUUUCUCUACCAUCUCCUCCUCCUCCAAUAGUGUGGAAUGAUCCCGCUCCAGUUCUGCCUCCGAGUGCUCCUAAGAGAGAGCAUCGACAUACUGAACAGCCUGUUGUUGUUCCAGAAGCUCCAGCACCAGUCUCGUCACCUGGAAGGAAAUCUACUGAAGAUGCACCAACUAAAGCUCCACCGCUACCUGGAUCUAUGCCACCCAGUGAGAGCAAGUCUCCAGAGAGUCCUCUCCCCUCAAUUGCCCCGGUCCUGAAUGCGCCUGCUCCAAGGGGAAAGCCGCGAAAUUCACUGCCCACCCUCCCAAGAAAUCCAGAAAUUUCACCAUCCAUUCCACCAGUCCUGAAUGCACCUUCUCCAAGGGGAAAGCCACAAAAUCCUCUGCCCACCCACCCAAUCAUUCCAGAAGUUUCACCAUCUAUUCCACCAGCGACAGUUGCACCACCUCCGAGGAGGUUGCCUAACAAUUCACCACCCAGCCAUCCAAGACAUCCUCUAAAACCUCCAUCCGUUUCACCAGUUAAGCAUGAUAUAUCCCCUGUAUCAACUCCGUGGCCAAGCAUCAACCGUAAAAGAGCAAUUGCUCCAACUGUUGCACCUACUAAGGGAAUGAACCAUCAGCAUCCAGCAAAAGGAUUGUCAGUACCACCGAUGCUUGCGCCUUUAACUUCUCCAGAAAGUCAUGAUUCUCCUGCAAUAUCACCGUCUCCAAGUGCUUCAUCUAGACCAACUAAAAGUAAGAAGCCAUUUCUUUCCCCUAAAAUGUCUCCCUCUGGGUCUUCACCAAGGCAUCCAAAGAUACCGCAUCCAUUUCAAGCACUACCACCUCCACCUCCUAAUGAAGAUUGCGCUUCAUUGGCUUGUGCGGAGCCUUUCACAAAUGGUCCACCCAAAGCACCUUGUGUUUGUGUCUUGCCCAUGCAAAUUGGACUACGCCUUAGUGUAGCACUCUACACAUUCUUCCCUUUGGUUUCAGAGUUAGCUACAGAAGUUUCUGUUGGGGUAUUUAUGGAUCCAAGUCAAGUUCGUAUAAUGGGAGCAAAUUCAGCCAGCCAGUAUCCAGAAAAGACCAUUGUCCUUAUUGAUUUGGUACCCCUCGGAGAAAAAUUUGAUAACACUACAGCAUUUAUGACAUCACAAAGAUUCUGGCACAAACAAAUUGUUAUAAAAUCACUUUUUGGUGAUUAUGAUGUAUUAUAUGUGCAAUAUCCAGGUCUUCCUCCCUCUCCUCCUUCAGCAGCUUCAGACAUUGAUACCAUAGGUAGCCAACCAUAUCCUGGUGAUAAUAACGGAAGGACCAUACAGCCCCUUGGAGUUGAUGUGAGGGGGCAACAGCACAAAAGUGGGCCGAAUCGGAGUGUCAUAGCAGUAAUUGUGUUGUCAGCCUCUGUCGCAGUUAUUUUAUGUUGUGCCGUUGCAUGGGUUUUGCUUUUCAGACAUAGAGAUCACAGAUAUCAGUUAGAACCAACUCCACCAACUACAUUACCAUCCCUUGCAAAGUCGUCAGGGAUUGCAGCCUCCAUGAUUGGGAGUAGGCCGAACUCUCCUACAUUAUCCUUUAGUUCAAGCUUUGCUGCUUAUACUGGUUCAGCUAGAACAUUUUCUUCAAAGGAAAUUGAUAGAGCAACUGACAGCUUCAAUGAAGCAAGAGUACUAGGUGAAGGGGGAUUUGGUCGUGUUUAUAGUGGUGUGCUUGAUGAUGGGAUGAAAGUGGCAGUGAAAGUCCUCAAGAGAGAUGACCAACAGGGUGGUCGUGAAUUUUUGGCUGAAGUAGAGAUGCUUAGCCGCCUCCAUCAUAGGAACUUGGUCAAGUUGAUAGGUAUAUGUCUUGAGGAGCGCAGUCGCUGUUUACUUUAUGAGCUCAUCCCAAAUGGCAGCGUGGAAUCUCACCUUCAUGGUGUUGACAAGGAAAGUUCUCCACUUGAUUGGAAUGCCCGAAUGAAAAUAGCACUUGGUGCUGCCCGAGGCCUGGCCUAUUUACAUGAAGAUUCCAGUCCCCGUGUCAUACACAGGGAUUUUAAGUCUAGUAACAUCUUACUGGAACAUGAUUUCACCCCGAAAGUGUCUGAUUUUGGUUUGGCUAGAGCUGCAUUAGAUGAAGGAGAAAGACACAUAUCCACUCGAGUCAUGGGAACUUUUGGGUACGUAGCUCCAGAAUAUGCUAUGACAGGGCAUCUACUCGUAAAGAGUGAUGUUUACAGCUAUGGUGUUGUCCUUCUUGAGCUGCUAACUGGAAAAAAGCCAGUGGAUAUGUCUCAGCCACCAGGUCAAGAGAAUUUAGUGGCUUGGGCACGCCCACUCCUAACGAGUGAAGAAGGUCUGGAGUUGAUUGUGGACCGUAAUUUGGGGCCUGAUUUCCCUUUCGAUGACAUUGUAAAAGUAGCUGCUAUUGCGUCAAUGUGUGUUCAACCAGAGGUAUCACACAGACCUUUCAUGGGUGAGGUUGUCCAGGCCUUAAAGCUGGUAUGUAACGAAUGUGGACAGACAAAAGACGUAGUGUCUCGAAGUUGUAGCCAAGAUGAUCUGUCUAUUGACAUGGAUACUAGGAUUAGUACAACUUCAAGCCAAGUCCUGAACCCUAUACAACCUCAAUCCCCAGUUUCUAACUCUGACAGUGAGCUGGAUGUUGAGAGGGGACUUUCAAUGUCAGAUUUACUGAGUCCGUUAGCAAGAUACGGAAGGCAAAAAUCUGAUUCAUUUAGGAGGUACUCUAGCUCAGGUCCUCUGAGAAAAGGAAAAACCAGGAGGCUAUGGCAGAAAAUGAGAAGAUUAUCUGGAGGUAGUUUGAGCGAGCACGGCGUGAUGUUUGAGUUACGGCCUGGAUCCCACUAAUUGAAGUUUCCAUCUUUGAUUUUGAUAAAUGUUUCUGCAAAAUAUUCAAUUUUCGCCAUCCAUGCUGGGUAUACUAGAUUGAGCAUGGAAUUGUACAGUACCUUCUUUAUCAAGACAUAGAAUGAGGAAGCAAACACCAACAUACUCAAAUUGUCCUGAAUGCUAUCGCGUAAUCCAUGAGUAUGAUAAACCCUCUGCCAAAAGCUGGGAAGAACUGUGCGCGACAAGAUAUCUGAAUAGUGAUUUCAUCUUAUGUAAGAAGAUUGUAUUUAUUGUAACAUGCUAAUUGUUCAUAAAAGGAAUCAUAGUUCUUUAUCUUCUGGUAUUGAGUUUGAACCUUG